AUGGAAAAAGAAGGUAAAGCAAUACAUUUUACUUAUGAUGAUAAAUUAAAACUUGUUGCAUAUACACGUCAAGUUAGCCAUGGAAAGUUGGAUGAAUCAAAAUUACCACCUUUAGGUGUAUUUGAUGUUAUUGGAAGAGAUCGAAGAUUAGCAUGGCAAGCACUUGGUGAUAUGUCAACAGAAAACUCCAUGGUUAAUUUUGUUAAGUUAGUGAAUAAAGAAUGUACUUUAUUCAAACAUACUGUUGAAGCUUAUAAAGCUGAUUUGAUUGAACAAAAACGAAUAACAGAUGAAAAUAUGAAAAAAGAACAGGAAGAACUAGAAAAACAACUGGCAUUAAUGGAAUUAAAACAAAAAGAUGAAGAAGAUAGAUAUAGACAGGAAAAUACCAAACAACUUAUUCAAGAAGCUUUAAAUAAACAAACCUACAGCCAGUUUUUAACAUAUGCUCAGAAUCAAUUUCCAAACAAUCCGGAUGAACAAGCUGUACUUGUAAGACAAUUACAAGAACAACAUUAUCAUCAGUAUAUGCAACAGUUACAACAAAACUACGAGCCCGGUAAAGAAUUGGAAAUCACCACUAACUCUGUAACUGUUCCUGGAGAUAAAAUUAUUGAACACGAGAGCAUCUGUAAUGAGCAAUGUGAAAAUGGGCAAUGUCUUUCCGGAGAAUGCUCUGUUCAAACAUUGUUUCCUGCUUCAAUGUGGACAAGAAAAGACAUUGAUGAAUUUAAAACUAAUUUAUUACGAGAAGGUGGAGAAGCCGUUAUUAAAGUAAAUCAUGGAGAAACUGUUACGGUUAGAGUUCCAACAGCCGAAGGCGGUAACUGUGUAUUUUGGGAGUUUGCAACUGAUGGUCAUGACAUAGGUUUUGGUGUUUACUUUGAAUGGGUUAAACCUAAUACUAGUCAAGUUUCAGUGCAUGUAUCUGAAAGUGAAGAUGACGAUUGUGAUGACUUGGAAGAUGAUGAUGAUGGUAAUAUCAAUCAAGGUAUAUAUAUUAUUAAGGGGAUUGAAGUUCGCAUAUUUUUUGUACAUUUUAGACCAAUAAACAGUAGUAAAUUGGACAUACUUUGGAUUGUCCGAUUUUAAUAUAUAUACAGGGUGAUUCUUUUAUCAAAGAACACUCAUUAUUUAAAAAUGAUUUUUC